AUGUCAUUCACUGGAACAAUUGACAAAUGCAAGGCUUGUGAUAAGACUGUACAUGUUGUGGAUAUGUUGACUCUCGAAGGAGUUCCAUACCAUAAAACAUGCUUCAAAUGUAGCCAUUGCAAGGGACAUCUUGUGAUGAGCACUUACUCCUCCAUGGAUGGAGUUCUUUACUGCAAGCCUCAUUUUGAGCAACUUUUUAAGGAAUCAGGCAAUUUCAGCAAAAAUUUCCUAACAGCAAAACCUGAGAAGCAAAAUGAAGCGAAUAAGACUUCCAGCAAAUUUUCAUCAAUGUUCUGUGGAACCCAAGACAAAUGUGCCUCUUGCGAGAAGACAGUGUAUCCAUUGGAGAAGGUGACUAUGGAAGGGGAAUGUUUCCACAAGUCAUGUUUCAAAUGUGCUCACGGAGGGUGUCACUUGACGCACUCUUCGUAUGCGGCUUUAAACGGGGUCUUAUAUUGUAAGCAUCAUUUUUCUCAACUUUUCAUGGAGAAAGGGAACUACAAUCACGUUCUCGAGGCUGCUACACAUAAGAGAAACAACUCCGCGGCGUCGAUCGAACAUGUCGAUAAUGAAUCAGACGGAACUCCAGCAAUUGAAGAAAAUGAAUCUUGA